UGCAACCAGUGUCCUGGAGACGAUGGCGUCGCCGCCGUUGUCGUUGUUGUCGUCGCGCGAGGCGAGGAAGGCGGAGGCGGCGGCGCAGCGGAGGCGGCGCGAGGAGCGCGCCGAGACCGAGAAGCGGCUGCGGGCCGUCGUGACGAGGUGCCCCUCGUCGUGGUCCCCUGCUGAGCACGCUGCUCUCUCCGCGUACCCCGAGCUCUGGCAGCGAUUGAGACGACGCGAGGAGCGCACCCGAGCCGUGCGGGGCCGCUCCGACGAGAGACACGAGUCUGCCGAGGAGCUGCAGCGCAAGGUGUCUCUCCUGGCGGGGGCCGUGCGCGGAGCACGCUGCCUCGUCGCCUACACGGGGGCCGGCAUCAGCACGGCGGCCGCCAUCCCGGACUACCGGGGGCCGCGUGGGGUGUGGACGCUGCUGAAGAGGGGACAGAGCGUCGGGAUGGUGGAGCUGAGCGACGCCGAGCCCACGCUCACACACAUGUGUCUCGCACAGCUGCAUCGCGAGGGGCUGGUGCAGCACGUGGUGUCGCAGAACUGUGACGGGCUGCACGUGCGGAGCGGCCUCGACCCCAACGCACUCAGCGAGCUGCACGGCAACAUGUACAUGGAGGCAUGCCCGGCGUGCGGGCGCCAGGUCGUGCGGCUCUUCGACGUCACCGAGCGCACGGCGGUGCGGCGGCACGAGACGGGGCGCGCGUGCGGGGGGCCGGCGGGCUGCGGGGGGCCCCUGCGCGACACCAUCGUGCACUUCGGGGAGCGCGGGACGCUGGAGCGCCCCCUCAACUGGGCGGGCGCCGCGGGGGCCGCGCGGAAGGCGGACGCCAUCUUGUGCCUGGGCAGCAGCCUGAAGGUGCUGAGGAGGUACCCGUGCCUGUGGGGGAUGGAGCGGCCCCCCGCUCAGCGACCCAAGCUCUACAUCGUCAACCUGCAGUGGACGCCCAAGGACGUGGCGGCGGAGCUGAAGAUCCACGCGGCCUGCGACGAAGUUCUGCGCCUCCUCAUGCAGCAGCUGGGCCUGGGCAUCCCGGCCUACAGCAGGGAUACCGACCCCAUCUUCCUCAUGGCCACUCCGCUGAGCCCCGGGGAAGAGGGCAGCCACUCUCACCGACCCAUCGCCCCGGCCGCCACGUUGGCAGCGGUGGGGGGGCCGGAGCCGCUCUGCGUCAUCGCGCAGAGAUCCGCGGCAGGAGAGGAGGCCGCUUGCCCAAAGGGCGAGAGGACGGGACUGGCGGCGGCCCCUGGGGAGGAGUGCGAGCUUUCGCACGGCACUGGGGAGGAUGUGGCGAGGGCUGGAGAGGGAGGGAAGGUGGCAGCGGCCGGGAGCCUGGCGGCGCCGGGUUGGUUCGGAAAAGGCCUCGCGAAACCGCGGCGCGUGAAGCGGCGCAAGCGCUGAGCGGUUUCGGAGAGGGACGAAGCUCCGGCGAGCCACCAUUGAGUCUUAAGGACCCGUUCACUGGGAUGUUUGGCGACUCCUUGAGUGGGCACGUGGAGAUGAAAACAGAUUUUCCGGAGCAAACUCGCACACAUUCGAGGGUGGAGCGCUCAGAGCUCCGUGAAGAUAGAUUCAGGAAUCCGGUGCCAAACAGCUGUCUUCUGGCCCACCUCAAGACCAAACCUACAGGCCCUGAUAUUUCCUGGCACCUUCCCUUCAGGGUAAUAACCGGGCUCAACUCUCGUUUAGAGAUUUGUGCAGAUUUGGUCUGUGCUGGGCCGAGUUUAUGGGACUGGUAGGAGCUUUGCUGUUCAAGCCCCAGGGCUGUCCUGGUUAAUACCGAUGGUGCAUUAACCGUAAACUUUGCACCAUCUUUUUGACAAUGGACAUGAGGGAUUCGUGACAUCGUUCGACAAACAGCAGGCCGUCGUGUGUCGGCAUCACGCUCCAAAUUUGCCAGAUUAACAGACUAAAGUCCACUUGCAGGACAGUGCUGCGUUCGCCAUCGGAGGGCUACAACUACGGCUGGGCAUCAGAAUGGUCGAGAUGAAGAUGUGUGAUACGAGGCGUUUGGAGUUGGCGAGGCAUUCAUGCGAGCGCUACUGCACUCGCCACAGUCCCUCCCAUCGCCCUUACCAGACACCAGACGCCAGUGCAGUUUG